CUGCUGAUGAGACAGAGUAACAGUCAAACAUAAAUGUCUUUAAUCCGUUUGUGAUUAAUCUCCAUCUACCUGUACUGUUUCCAGAGGGACGAAAGCUCAGCUCUAUGCCAAACUCAGAGAUGCUGGGGGUGGUGGAGGACAUGGCCCACAGGCUGCUUGCUGGGGAGGAGGUGGCUGUAGUGAUGAAGGCCUGUCGAAGGUACAUAGCAGAGAGGUCUGUGGAGAACCUGAUCCGCCACCUGCUGGUUGUGUUGGACCGACCUGAAAAGCUGUUGCUGCUGAGAGAAGUCAGAAUGCUGCUUCCACCCUCUGACCUGGACAUGUUCAACACCUUAGUCACGACUGUUGAAGUGGAAGCCUACGACAUCCUCAAAUAUCGCUCAGUCCGAACUCCUCCUCUUCGCUCUCCCAUGUCUGGUCGAGCACCCAAACGGCGCCUCAUCACUCCCAUUCCAGAUUACAGAGGAGGCUUCGAGCUCCACAAUACAGAGGAGGUGGAAAAGGAGAGCCACCUGCUGGAGGAGCUGGAGAAGCUCAGCCUCACUGGUUCACAGGGAUCCAGAGGGACAACUAGGACCUCCAGAUCCUUCACAGCCCUGCUGGACAUACCUGUGGAUGGAUACAACUCAGAGUCUAGAAGCCUCAGACCCCGUUCUGUCAGCCCAGGGCUCCCCAACUGGCUGUUGGCCCACAGCAGUGACCCCCAUCCUCCUCUCCACACAGACAUCGGCACAAUUCGCUCCAUCCACUUUGAUGAGGUUUCACUGCACUCCACCUCAAACAAGACAGAAGUGCCUUCGGAGAGGGGACGGACUACUUUCAGAAGCAGUCACGGCAAGAUCAGGAAGGAGAGAAGCGAAGACAGGAGUAAGCAGGCUGUGUUUACACUGCACGGUGCCAGUCACAGGAGUCGGCCCUUGUUGUCUCAGGUGUUUGGCACAAAUCUGGACCAGCAGGUAAACGGCCACCAGACUCCUUCUGAGAAGGAACUCAACGGUUCUGAUCCAGAACGGGAGCACCAGCUAAAAACCAUCAGCAUCACCAAAACCAAACCGUCUCUGGGAAUCAGUAUAUCUGGUGGGAUGGAGUCAAAGGUUCAGCCGAUGGUGAAGAUAGAGAAGAUCUUUCCUGGAGGCGCUGCCUCCACCUGUGAGGUACUCAAGGCAGGAUUUGAGUUGGUGUCGGUGGAUGGAGCUUCCCUGCAAGGAGUCACCCAUCAACAUGCCGUGGACAUCAUCCGUAAAGCCUUCAGCAACAAGGCCAAAGACUCCAUGGUGUUUGUGGUGAAAGUUCCCAAAAACCUUUGAAAAGGAGUCUGAACUUUUACGUUUGGAUUUAUUUUUAAUGUACAGUGAUCAACAGAGCUGCGGGGGUCGAUAACACGGACCACGGAGAUUGGGAUUUCGCCAUUAAAGUUCAAAUAAAGAACAAAGACAGUGAGCAACUUGCUGCUCUGAAUGACCAAAUCAGCCUUCUUGACUUUGGAAGGAAGAAUAAAAAGAAAACUUGGCAACAUUUUUAAUAAAAUUUGUUUAUCGGAGUAUAAAAUGAUAAAGAUGGUGCUUUUGUUGCCUUUACUUCUUUUUACAGUUUAUGUUAAAGGGUUAAAGCUUUUUUAGGUACGACAUGUAGAUUCUAAAAUGUGAAUUUUGAGCAACUCAGCUGAACUCUUCUGUGAAGCCAUGGGAAAAGUUAAGCCCAACACCUUUUUUGACCUGCAGGGGGCAAACACGAGCUACUCGAGGACAUUCAAAACCCAACUGCCAAAUGUGAACAUGGUGAACUGUUGGGAUCAAAUAAGUCACACUGGAGACAAUUAAGAAGCAAUACUGAACUUUUACUUUGUACGAUGGAGGCACAGAAACAUGCUCGCCCCGUAAUCAGAAGGUUGUAGGUUUGAGCCCCGCUCAGUCUGUCGCAGUCAUUGUGUCCUUGGGCAAGACACUCAACCCC